UGUCUACAUCAUGGAAAAGCCUUUGGUUUUGUAUAUCUUUUUAUUCUACUGGCAUUUCCUAAAUGCUUUAUUCACGGUUGAAGCUCCCCAGUCACUCUACACUGUGGAACAUGGGAAGAAUGUGACCAUGGAAUGCACAUUUCCAGUGAAUGGGGAAUUCAGGUUUAGAGAUUUAAGUGUCAGCUGGGAAAAGAAAGAUGAGUCAAAGAAGCAGGUUUAUGCACUUCUCAAAGGAGAGGAAGACUUUAAAAGUCAGCACAGUGACUUUAAGGGAAGAACAACAUUGCUGAAAGAGAACCUGAACUUGGGACAGUCUCUCCUUCAGAUCACUGAUGUGAAGCUCCGAGAUGCGGGGUUUUACCGCUGUCUUAUUGGCUAUGGGGGAGCCGACUACAAGACAAUCAACCUGAAAGUUAAGGCUCCUUAUAAAACUAUAAACCAACGAGUGGUGAGCACAGGAGACAACAAAUGGAAGUUGACAUGUCAGUCAGAAGGAUACCCACAAGCUGAAGUGAUAUGGAAAAACAGAGGAUAUGAAGAUUUGACUGAUAAGGCAAACACAAGUUAUGAAACUGGAAGUGACCAGCUGUAUCGUGUGACAAGUACCCUUACAAUCAAAAGUAGGAUUGAUGAGGUUUUUUACUGUAUAUUCUGGAACAAAGAGCUACAAGAAAAUACAUCUGCCGUUUUACACAUAGCAGAUUCAGCUGAUGGUGUUCUGUGGGCUGAAAACAGACGCUUUAUUGGAGCAAGUCUCAUUGCAACUGCUUUAUUUGGAUCAGUGCUUCUAUUUAUGGUCUACAUAAGAAAAGCUAGAGCAUAUAAGGACAACAGAAUACCUGUGGCUAGUUCGUCAAUAGCAAAGCUAUCAAAAGAUAAAGAUACACAUGACUGCAGUGAUGCUUCUUUUGAAGACCAAGAGCUGAAAUAUAUGCAAAUUGAGAAGAACUAGAGAAAGCAGGGGAAGCAUUUUUUCCUCUGUGGCGAAGGUGUGACAGCUCAGAUGUUCUGCAUUCUGUCUGUUAAGGGGGAUAUUAUUUUUUUAAUAUUAUUCUGUGAUGGCAAUCUUCUUCCAUAUCUUUGUAACUCAGGAAAAACUGCAAUGAAGUUAAUAGAAUUAUUAUAGCAUAAGAAGUCCCUGGUUUCAGGUUUCUGUAUAUGUGACUAGGUGUGAAGGUAUUUUCUUAAAUAUCCAUGUUUUGCUUUCUCAAGUAUAUGCACUUUCAAAGACACAUUUCAUUUAAAAUAUCUUUAAGGUAAAGCACUUUAGGUCUAUGGCCGUCGUGAAUUUCAUAGCUAGCUCUUGAAUAGGCCAUCUUCUGGUCUUGCUUUGCCCACCCCUACACCCCCGGCACCACCUGACCUUUUGGUUCCCUGCAGAGAUGCCAUACAGACAGGGCAUUUUCUGUCCUUACUGUAGAUCUUAAAAUACCAGGUACUCACAGCUAAGCCUGAACUAGAUGUUGUAACCCUCUUGGCAACUAUGGUUUGGAAAUUACCAGAAUAUAGUGAGUUUCUUGAUCUUUUUCUCUGAAAAGUGUUUUGGGGAUGUAAUUUCCUUGUGAUAUAGCUGGCACUACUCGGUUACUACUUAUUGCUCUUCUGAUUUACCAUCUGGGGAUAAUGCAACUCUUUGGACAUUCAGGAAGAACAGCUCUUGAUUUGGACUUCCUUUUUGUUCAUCUUGGGAAUAGAAGAAAGAGAACCUUCUCACUUCUAGGACAUGAAAUAUAUGCUCAUGUGAUUACUUCAGAAAAGCUGAGGGAACAUGCUCCUGGAUCCCACUUCUUAAGCUAUUGCUUUGUUACAUUUU